GGAGCGAUGGAUACGCGUCGGCUGUGCCGUGUGGGCGACGGGACGGGAGCUCUCUCUUAGCUCCGCUUAGCCGAGUCGCGUCAGUACGAAGGCACGACUCGCGCCGUCGAGUCGAACAAUGACGUGCCGCUCCCGCCCCCGUCCCCGGCCGCUUUUUAUAUCUUAUCGCCGCGCGUCGUCUUUAUCUUCGCGACGCGAAUCUUCCGACGUCGGUGCGUGAGAGGCUUGUGCGCGUAAAAAAAAAAAUCGUACACCGAAGCCAUCAAUUUUGAAGAACACACGAGGUCUCCCGAAAAAUACGAAACGCCACGAGAAGAGAAAGGAGAGAACUGCGCUCGCGCGAGCCGUAGAAUCUAGGGUCGCCUGUUGACGCAUUGUGCGUGGAUGUGCGCGCGUGUCGGUGCGUAAAGUGCGCGCGCGCGCGCGCGUCUUUCUCCGCUCGCGAUCGCGCAUGCCGAGUGUCUCUUUAAUUCAUCAACGCUCUCGGUCGGCUCGUACCGAUCUCCACGCUUUGUUUCAUUCCUGCUACCGUGGGAAACUCGCCUUCUAAUUUCGAUGAUGAAGGGAGCGCUAUUUAAAUAGCGUGCGUUGACCUUAAGCGAGUUAUAAUUGCCGGAUGCUUCUAUUCCCGGAGGAGAUUCGAUGACUGGUUUUUCUUUUAUGAUUCGAUGAAAAUAUUUACGGCCAGUCUCAUAACUUCGCAUAAUUUUUACUCAAUUUUUUUCCCCAAUUUUCACUCGAUGCGCGAGUUCCGCAUAGAUAAACGCGCGAAUUUAACAAGACAUGUGUGUGACAGUGUACGCGAGCGCGCGAAUAAUAAUGAGUCACGUGGCGGUGAAAAGAGGGACGUGAUGAAUCCACAUCGCGAACGAAACGUGGAUGAAUGAUCGAGAGACAGACGUUGACCCGCAUAGCUCCGCGUAGCCUUUCGAUCGAGAAAAAAAAAGGGACGAAAUAAAAUGCUGCUGUAAUUUCGGUUAAUGUGGGUUUAUUGCGAGGGAACGGAAGCGGUUCUUCGAGAGGAGAAAAGGAAGGGCCGCAUAGGAAGGGACAGCCGUACCGUGACGACGACAACGACCCAGUUCUGACAAAUAAUUCAAGAAGUUAGUGAUGAUUCGUUGAUGCGUCGAUUGAACAUGAUUCAUUUUCGUUGGAACAAAGACGUCAUAGGAUCAAUGGGUUGGUAUCGGAAAAAACCGUAAACUCUCUAUGAAGCCGCAUUACGCCUAUUGAAAUAACCGGCCACCGUGAUGGAAGUGAAACCGAUACCGAAACCACGAUCGAUCCUGACCCAGAGCAAGCCGGUACCAGCGCCCCGGAGGAUUCCGGCGCCGACCACUUCGCCGAUGGCGCGUUCCAACAGCCCGACCAGCGAGUCCGGUCAAUCCGAGAAAAGCGACGACCAGAGGUCGACCAGCGGAUCAGUCGGCGAGAGCACUCGCGGCAAUCACGAGUUCUUCCGCAAUCUCAGCACGAGUUCGCGCCAGUUGAAGGACGAGAUUUCGGAGAAAGUGACGGUGAAGGGACGCGCCGUCAUCUCCAGCACGCGAAAUGCCAGCAUCCGGUUGGAGAAAUCGGUGAAGAAUCUGCUGACGCGACGACUAUCGUCUCUGAAUCAGGACGACGUAGUCGGCCAAGGUAGCGUCCAGAAGAAGCUUAAGGACCCGGCCGAGGAAGACAGAUGCGUAUCGAUGCCGGCCGAUGAUAUCUUCAGCAGCAUCUCGUUCUACAGUCCGUUGAGCGGCAAUCUGAGGAGUGUGAAAAACGAGGAGGAUUUAUCCACCAGGCACAGCCCGCCGCCGCCGAUUUAUCCGCCGCCUCCGCUUCCGGACGAGUCUAUCUACGACGAGCUGCAGUCCGUCACGUCGGGAAGUAGCGGUCGAUAUGACACUCUCAGCUCGACAGUGUCGGAUAAAGUCGAGCGGGAUUUCCCCGAGUCGUUCAAUCUCCUCAGCUUCGCGCGAAAUCAGGAUAGCGAUUCCGACCAAAGCCUAAAUUUAUCCGACGUCAACGCAAGUCAGUCGCUUGACCGACCUGAAAACUCUGCCAAGAAACUAUCGAGAUCGGAUUCUUGGACUUUCUACGACACCACACCCGGCACUAAAGAGAAUGCCGACGAGGUGGACAGAAUAUCCUGGGUAGAGGAGGAAAAUUUGGUAAAGUCUAUCGAGAAGGAGAUCGACCGUUUGACGUUGGAUCGAACCUCUUACGCGUCCAACGAGAGCCACGCUUCCAUUCAGAAUUCUCUCUAUGAGAAUUUGUCACCGAAGGUCGAUUGCCAGCAACAAUCGACAAUAAUCUCCACGGAUUCCAGACAGCAGAACAGCAAAUCCUUGCUCUUCGAGUUCGAUCCAUUCGCGAGAACAUCCGAGGAUGAGAACGUUUACAGCAACUACGAGAACAAUGAUUUGAUGCUGUUGGAGGCUCUGUUGGCCACCAACGAUUCGUCCGGCAGCGCCGAUAGCACACUCGAAUUCCGCGAGAGCGCCGAGGAAGAGCAGGAGGACGAGGACUUGGCGCACCCAGGUAUUAGUUCGACCCCUCCAGAGCCACCCAAGAGAUUCGAUUCUCUUCCGAAGAACGAGUACGAUGUGCCAGAAGGCACGGAACAGCCCGACAAGAUCCAAGCGUCGAGUAAGAAUCCACCUCUCUUGCCGAAACUGGCGCAUUUAGUCACCAAAAAGCAACCUGCGGUUCCUCCCAGAAAACCUUCCGUAAGGAUUCCUUCUGCGGAUAAUCCUUCGAUUCCUCAAUCGACGACGACAGCAACGACGACGACAACAACGACGACGACGACAACGACGACGACGACAACGAUGACGACGACGAUGACGACGAAGACACCUGCCAGUAACGUCGAGGAUAAUAUUCCUAGUCCUUUGUCGAGUACGCCGAGGAUCGCCGAAGAAAAUCGUAAAGUGAGUGUGAUACAAAAAUUGAAAAAGCUGCGACGACAUGAGUCUACCGUGCAUGCCAUCAAACCAAACGUGAUCAGUUUUGUGAAGAGCGGCAGUAAAUUGUUGUCCAGAACUCGCGAGCACAUCGGCGAGUCCGGCUCGAGGUCGUUGCGAAUGGAGAGGCCAAAGGUCAAUGUUCCGCACAAUCCAGUCACACACAGAGGAAUGGUAUACAGGUCGGGAAUGGGCAUCGAGAGGGCCAAGGACCUCGUGCCGAGAGCAGCUGUGUUACUCGAUCGGAAAUUAUCAUUCUAUACUGACAAGAGCAUGUCUACGCUGAAAGAGAUUAUGGAACUGGACACAGUGCAUAGUAUUCAUCUGCUUCAGGAUGUCAAAACCGUGGACGGAGAGACGGUGCAUUGCGUAGCGAUUAGCGGCGCGGGCAGAUCAAGCGUGCACGUUUUCUACGCCAAAGGCAUCGCUGAGAGGCGGAUCUGGGCGCAGAGGAUCCUCGAGGCCACCACACCGGUCUUCCCCACGAAGUACACCGCCGAAUUCACUAGAACAGGUUGGGCUUACUUAAAGGAAGGCGUAACAGGAACGUGGUUCUCGGCUUGGGUUCUUCUGCAACAAAGAACCUUGGUUUACACGAAAUCCUUGGAAUCUGCUUUCGCUGUGAACUUUGAACAUGUGGACUUACGGAAAGCGCGUUGCAUCGUGCUGCGGGAACAGGAAGGACCGAUUGCCGGAUGCGGAGCUAUUCCGGUUGUAGUUGUGGAUGCCGGGGGUAGCGGCGCCCUGCACAUCGCUACACCAGGAACCCACGAGGCGACCGCUUGGCGACACGCGCUCUAUCAGGCUGCCACCAACUGCGGUCCAGCCUUGGAACAGCAGCAGAUCACGCAAGACAAUGUGCCUGUCAUCUUGGAUAAAUGCGUCAACUUUAUCUAUGCGCAUGGCAUGAUGUCGGAAGGCAUUUAUCGUCGCAGCGGAUCGAGCAGUGCCGUAGUGAAGCUGCUGGAGGCCUUCAGACGAGACGCAUGGGCCACGCAAAUUACGCGGAAUUCGUAUACGGAACACGAUGUUGCCACGGUUCUCAGAAGAUUCCUACGGGACUUACCGGACCCAUUGUUCCCCGCCAAAAUACACGAUCGACUCUGCCUCACUACAGACUUGACUAGCGAGGAAAAUAGGGUGACGACUUACCGAAAAUUACUAUCCACGCUCGAUCCCGUGACGUCGGCGACUCUUCGUCGGAUCCUAGCGCAUCUUCAUGGUCUUAGUCAGCAGAGCGCCAGGAAUCUGAUGACCGCUGAUAAUCUGUCGGCUGUUUGGGGCCCGACCUUGAUGCACGCCGGUGAAAACAGCGCCGAAGAAUGGAACCGCGCGGAGACCAAGGUCGUCGGGGACCUCAUCAGGUUGUAUCCGAAACUCUAUCAACUGUCGUCGGCUGAUCUGGCCAAAGAGGCAAAAAUGCUGGAGGUCUUGGAGAAACAUCACGUGUCCAACAGCGGACCUCGAGGCGCGCCUUCGGGAGAUCUCAAGAUCUGGAUAUAUAUCCUAUCAUCAGACGGGGAAUGCGUAAAUGUCACUAUCGGACCCCAAAAGACUGCGUUUGACGUGUGUCGCGAACUUGCUGAGAAAACCAAUUCGCCAGCUCAUGAGUUGUGCCUAGAAGAAUAUACGCUGUCCGGUGCGUUGGAACGGCCCUUGCAUCACAACGAACGUGUCCUGGAGGCGGUGGCGAGAUGGGGGUACUGGGACUCGGAUGAUCGGAAGGAUAAUGCUCUAGUCCUCAAAAAGGACCGAUUAUAUAAGGAUAUCAUACCUCUGGUGAAGCCGCCUAUGACGAUCUCCGGAGAACUGAAGUUUGCGGAUACUAAAACGAAGAACCUGAAGAAUUACCUCUUCGAAUUUAGUCAGGCGAAGCUCUGCUGUUAUAAAGACAAGGUGUGUUCCGUGAAACUUUACGAGUGGAAAAUAGAGGAUAUCAUUUGGUACUUGGGACACGAACCUAAACGCAAUCCACAAAUGGGCUGGUCUGUCACAUUCAUCACGAAAAACAAAAAGCCUACGAGAUGUAAGGAUAGUCCAUAUUUCGGAAACAUCUUGGCAGGAACAUCGCAGGACGAGCAGUACAGAUGGUUAGCAGCCAUGCUCUUUGGGGAGUAUCAGUUGAAUCUUCGAGCUUCCGCGGUGAACCUAAUGGAUCCAUAAUCGAUUAAUCCUGCCACUAGUCACUUAGGUGGCCUCCAAAGUGAUACGUGAUAUUUUCUAAUAAUGAAUCGCAGAUAGAGACUUUAAAUAUAGAUAUAUGUACAAUAUAUUCCAGUAAAAAAACUAACUUAAUAUACGGUGUCCUAAAAGUGUGAUCUCUAAAAAGCGUAUAUAUACAUAUCGAAUUGUUCUUUUACGGAUCGGUUAACGUGAUCAGUGUGGAGAAUUUCGCCGUCUUCAUGAAUUAAUGAUGUUGUGAAAGACUGUCGUUGUUGUAACUUUAUGAAAAAAUUUGUUAAUUAUCGCGUAAUGUAUAACGAAUUAUGUAAUAAUAUACAUUUUUAAACAAUCAAAUUAACAAGAUAUAUAAAAA